AUGACUUUUUCCCACAGCGUAGCUGUGCUCUUGCUUAGGGGUGUAGGCGGUGACCCCCACACUACCUUGGCUCUGCUGCCUGACUCCAAGCUAGCCAAGGAGAAAGCAGAGGAUUCGUCGUCCCAGAUCUUUGACUCCGAUGAGAUGACCAUCAGGAUAGGUAGAGCUGGACCUCAUUCAGAUAAACUUGAGAAUGGCGACAUCUACCAGAGGAGACGAGGACCUCCUGUGGGCCACUCUGAUGGACACGAAGUAGAAAAUAAACACCAUGAAGAGGUUAGCCAGGCGAGAAGCAGCUGGCGUCGGAUUCUGCUUCUCAUCUUAGCCAUCACCAUCCAUAACAUCCCAGAGGGCUUGGCUGUAGGAGUUGGUUUCGGAGCUGUAGGAAAGACGACUUCUGCCACUUUUGAGAGUGCCAGAAACUUGGCCAUUGGAAUUGGUAUUCAGAACUUUCCAGAAGGCCUGGCAGUGAGCCUACCACUGCAGGGUUCAGGGAUCUCAACAUGGAAGGCCUUCUGGUACGGUCAGCUCAGCGGGAUGGUGGAACCCAUCGCUGGCCUGCUGGGAGCUGGCGCCGUUGUCCUGGCAGAGCCUCUGCUGCCGUACGCAUUGGCGUUUGCAGCCGGGGCGAUGGUGUACGUGGUGGUGGAUGACAUCAUACCUGAGGCACAAGUCAGUGGAAAUGGCAGACUGGCGUCUUGGACCUCCAUCCUGGGCUUCGUUGUGAUGAUGUCACUGGACGUGGGGCUGGGCUGAGGCAACGGCAGCGAUCGUCGUUUAACCUUCAGCAAACCUCAGUUCUUUAAAAAGGGGACCAAACCCAGUGUUUUCUUUUAAAACACUGUUAUGCAAUUUAAAUUGAAUUACUGCUACUUGAAUAUGAUCGAAACGAAAAGCACCAAACUGUUUUGUUUUUGUUUGUUUGUUAAAAAAAAAGUUAUCAAGAUGUUUCUACUU